AGCGAGUGACUCACCAUGAGAUCGGUUAAUUAGGUCUCUCCGCAGUGUCAAUUUGGAUUCAGUUUUGGAUUUGAUUUGAUUUUUGUUUUCAACGCAGCUUGAUGCAGAAAGCGUAUGGAUUUAUGAAUUUGAUUUUAAUCGAAGACGCUUAAUGAGAGAGUGAAUUGUAUUCUUCUGUUUUUGAAUGGUCAUCGAUGGUCAGUGUUGAGGUUGUUGGUGCUGCUUCCAGAUUCAGUUUCCUCCACACCCCCAUCCAUCCACACUCACUCUUCAAUCCAAUCAUUCUCAUCCACCAUCAUCAUACUCAUCAUCAUGAAUCACCAUCCUCAUCAUCAGCAUCGUCAUCCUACGAUCGAUGAUCAGUGUCCUAGCAAGCUGGCAGUGGUCGAUGCAGAAUCCGAUGAGGCUGUCAAUGAUGGCGAUCGUCGUGUUGCUCUGCUGAGGAUGGAUGGAAAUCAAGAUGGCCGUGAGUUAUGACUGACUGACUGUACGCCGCAGUAUAUAUAUUGUGAUGUGUAUGCACACAGCACAGGGAGGGAGGGGGGCUUGCUUCUUGAACCUUAUCGAUACUCCUUCUUCUUCUUCAACUGUCUUCCAACCCAUCAUCAUCACCAUCAACUUCACCAUCAACUUCAACCUCAUCAACCUCAUCAACUUCUUCUUCAACAAACUACAACACAACACAACAUGGCUGCAUUCUCUCAUUCACUCAUCGAGUUCCUCUGUUUCGACCCUCACUCUUCAUCUUCCUCAAACCAUCUCCAACACAGAAACUCACCAUUCUCAACCAAUAACAACAACAGGAGAUCAUCCAAAUUCAUCAACACUACCAACUACUUCGAUCCUUCAAACUACAACCAUCCAGACGACCAUUACUUCGAUCACCACCACUAUCAACAACAACAACAACAACACCAACAACACCAGCAACAACAGCAGCAUCAUCAUCAUCAUCACCAGCAGUCUAAUGCUAUCUGUUUCAAUGAUCUGGAUGAUCAUAAUCAUCAGAACAGAUUCCAUCAUCACCCAUCAGCAACCAACCCUUACUCUGUCAACCACUCACCAGAAGACCAACUCAUGUUCAUCAUGCCCUCAUUCGCAAAGACCCCUUCAAACCAACUCUCACUCGAUGGCCCUUCCUAUGCCGAACCCAUGCUCACUUCAGAUAACUCCAAUCAACGAUUCUUCCCCCUCGAUUCCAACACCACAAAUAACUACCAACUACCACCACCACCAACAACAACAACAACAACAAAUUCAACUGAUCAUCAUCAUCAUCAAUCAUCUCAACUACCUGCCACUAACAAUCCCAUACCAAACCAGAACGACUCAAACUCAUCUCAAGCCAACCACAAAUCAUCAUCUUCUUCAUCGAAUAAUAGUUCUAGCUUCACCGGCUCAUCUGCCUUCACCCCGCCUACCACCUCAUCCUCUAGACAUCCAUCAGAAAUCAACAUCGAUGAUCCUCUCUCCUCCGACUCUGCACUCCAAUCAAAAUCUCAUACCCCUGACCCCAAGUAUGGAUUCUCUCAACAUUUCAAACCACCCGAGAAUCCAUACUCUCAAUCUGGGUUUGAUCUGAUUGGCGCACUGGCUAAGGUGGUCGAUCGACCAGACCCCAAGGUGAAGAUCGGAGCCAUCGAUACCUCAGCAGCAUUAGUGGUUGUGGAUGCUAGACAGAACGACCUCCCCAUCAUCUUUGCCACCCCAAGUUUCAGUCUCUUGACCGGUUAUCAGACCGAUGAGAUCAUCGGUCAAAACUGUAGAUUCUUACAGAAACCCUUCAACCCAAACUCGGUCAAGAAACCUAGAGAUCAGGCCGUCAAUUGUCGUGCAACACUCCAGAUACGCGACCACAUUCAAGCUGGUCGUGAGAUUCAAUCGUCUAUCGUUAACUAUCGUAAAGAUGGUAAAGCUUUUAUCAAUCUAGUCACUGUCAUUCCCAUCGCCUGGAACUCGUCCGAAAUCAGUCACUUUGUUGGCUUUCAGGCUGAUAUCGUGGCUCUCACAAAUGGAUUAGGCAUUCCACCCAGUCCCAAAACACGUCCUAAUCUACUCCAAGCCAAACAGCUCUGCCCACCCAAUACCAUUGAACCCUCGAGCUCAUCCCAAAAGUCUCUGAGUUUGACCGCAACCAAAGCCAUCGAACCCAUCUCGCCUUCCUCAUCUGCACAGGCUCAGUCCGGGCUAACUGAGUUGACUGACCCGUCUUGCUACUAUCAGACCGUCUUGCAAGAGACUCGUGAUUUGAUCCUCGCGAUCUCCCUCAAAGGUACCCUGUUUUAUGUGUCCCCAUCAUGUAAGGACCUCGUUGGUUAUGAGGAGGAUGAAUUGGUCAAUCAGAAUAUUUCUAAACUAUGUCAUCCAAGUGACUUGACCGGGAUCCUACGUCAGCUCAAAUUGAUUGGUAAUACCUCACACACCCCGAUCGACUUGGUCUUCCGAGCCGUCGACCGCAGUGGGGAUGUAUUCUGGAUGGAAUCACAAGGUCAGUUACACGUUGAAGUAGGCAAAGGGCGAAAGUAUUUAGUGGUUGUUGGACGACCGAGGAAGAUCGGGCCGCUCUCAUGGCAAGCAAUUCGAUCGACUGGUGGAUUGAGAGGUGGCGAGAAAGAGUUUUGGAUGAAGUUAUCCUUGGACGGAUUAUGUCUGUUUGCCAGCUCGCCUGUCAGGGAGAUCUUAUCUUAUGAACCUAGCGAGAUGCUCGGGAAAUCCUUGGCCCAGCUCUGUCCUUCCGAAAAACGUGGUCAGAUGAUCAAAGCGAUCCGAGACGCUUACGAAGGAAACGAGGUCGUCAGUCUGCCCUACUCCCUCCAGGAUCGUAAUGGCACUUUCGUCUCCCUUGUCAGCCACUUCUAUCCGCCCCACUAUUCUAGCGGGCCUCUCGCUUGUGGCUUGCCUCUUCCCGCCUCCAAGAUUACCAAUCCACCACGCACGGUCUUUUGUCAAACCCACUCGCUCUCCGGGAACUUGACCCAGCCUCAUGACGGCCUAUCCUCCUCAGCAACUAAAGCGGCCUCAUCUAAAGCUCAGGAACCUCCUGUCGAUUCGGCUACUCGACUGCCCAACUCGACCACCCAUGAAAUCGCCAAUGAUCCUGCAUCCUCUCAUUCCGUUGAGGAUGGCCACUCGGACGACGACCUGUUUAGUGCACUCGGAACCAACAAAACCACCCCCUGGAACUACGAGUUCAGUCAACUUAAGCGGCAGAACUUGAAGCUUCGUUCUCAGCUCUCUCAACGCGGUCUAUCUCGUCACGUGGUCCCUAGCAACAACAACACUGCUACCACCACUACUACUACUACUACUACCAACUCUUCUCCUUCUUCGUCUGCUUCUGGGACUACAGUUGGGGGUAAGGAACAAGGUGGUGGAUGUAGUAGGACGAUCAAGGCUACUCUUCUUUCUCGUCACUCCACCUCCAAUCCUCCUUACCCUCCUUCUCGUCUUCGUAUAAACUCUUCUACUACUGCUUUCACUCAGCCUUCUUCAAACUCAAAUUCGAACUCGAAUGCAAACCUAGAUUCGAAGUUGGAGCCGAAGAAAGCCGGGCUCUCUUUGGAUCAGUUCGCUCCUCCUCUUUCGUCGUCUGAUCCUGAUUCUUCUCGUCUUUCGCUCGGCCACGCUCACGCUUCAUUGACCGUCGAUAAUAAUCAAAUCGGAUUUGAUUCUCUGUUGAAUCAGGCGACUGGGUUAUCGUCUUCUUCGUCUUCUAAUGAUUUCAUUAAUCAUCCGCUCCUACAGCUUCCUCCCCCUCCUCCUCAUCAUCAUCACACUAAAAUCGAAUGAAGCACUCAGCAUUCCGGGGUAUCUUUUUCUUUUUCUUCUUUCUCUUUUGAAUGGAUCAAUGUAAUCUUUACUGUGUCACUUCUCUGUCUGUUUUUUUGUCUAUUUAUUUAUUUUUAUAUAAAAACAACAAACACUUUAUUUAUUUACAUGUUACA